AUGGACAAAUCCAGGUCCACUGCGUACGACAAGUUCGUUGGCUUCGUUGAACAACUGCGGAAUACGGAAUGCAGCCAAAAGCAGAAGAUCACCUGCUUUCAGCAGAUCGCCGAGUGCAUCAUGUCGCCCUCGCUGGCAGGCCACAUCAACUAUGCCGCCCACUGCGGCACGGCCACGAAUGUUCUGCUUUUGUUCUGCGAGGAUGUGGAUUCCGUGGUUCGGAUGAGCGCCGAGGAAAACCUCAAUAAAAUACUGAGGUCACUCGAGAAAACCCGGGUCAGCCGCAUCCUUAUGGAUCUCUAUGGUGAAAUUAAGCGUAAUGGUAACCAGAGAUCCCUGAGGAUUUGCCUGAACCUUUUCUCCUACUAUGCUCCACAAAUAAAGGAGAAACACAUCAAGUGGUAUGCCGUGAGAUUGCUCCAAUGUAUGACCACCAUUUCCCAGCGCAAGGAGACGUUGCUCCAGGAGACUCUCUGCGACUUCGUCAAGCACUUUUGCCGCCAUAUACAACAGGGUCUCAGCGAUAGCGAAUCCUGCAAACUGUUCGAGACUUUUCUGGACCAUAUUAGCUCCGAUUGUGCCAUCAAGCGUCGUUGCUCGGCCCAAAACUGCAUGAGUCUGAUUGAGAAUGCACGCAAUAGGAGCCUCAUGGCCAGACAUGGGGUCAACAAAGUGAUGGAGCUCCUGCUGACGGAUCAGCAAGCGAGCAGCGUGCUGGGAGCCUUGGGGCUGCUGCGCCUCCUGUUGCCACAACUCAUACGCGGCUACCCCGGCGAUAGCCACGAAGAUUCCGAGUCCUUGGCCGGCAAGAAGCAGCAACAGCAGCAGACAACGACCUCCGACUGUCGGCAAAUUAUUGAAAUUUAUGAUUAUUGUUUGCACCUGCUGAGCACGCAGCACAGCGCGAAUCACGCCAUCAUAAAUGCCACCCUGGAGGUCAUCAACGGCAUACUCCAGGCUGUGGACGCCGCAUCCGAUGGCCAAUGUAGCCAGAGUCUGGGCCAAAGUUUGCGCCAACUGUUGUGCAAUCAACAACUGCAGCACAAUGAGUAUUUGCGGCGAAGGAAAUCAUUAAAGAAUCAAAUAUUCCAAUUGAAAAAUUACGAAGUGGCGACAAGUCAACACCAGCUCGAGGAUGAGGAUGAGAACGAGGAUGUGGAUGAGCUGGUGGUUGGGGCCACUGCAAUGCAAAUGAAAAAGAAUUCAAAUGCAAAACUGCAGCGGGCGAAGUGUCGCGAGCAGCAGCAGCAUCAGCAGGAACUCGAAGUUGACAACAGCUCGCUGGGAAUUAAUGCUGGGGAAGAUGCCACGACCGAGGCUCCAAGUUCCGUCGCUGAUGAAGGGGGAGAGCCGGAGUCAACGAAGCAGCGCUGCCACAUUAGGAAUGCCGCACGCAGCAUCAGCGAAUGCGUUGCCUCGGAUGAGGACAAGCAGGGGCAAGGACACCGGCAGCAGCGGGACGAGGAUGAAGUCGUAGUGGCGGAGGAUGAUGAUGAUGACGACGAUAUGGAGCUGCUGAGUGCCGAGUGUGAUGACUUUACAACCCUGUCGCAACUAAAUGAACAACAACAGGCGCUGUCAGCGGCAUUGAAAUUGCCCGCAACAACAGCAGCAGCAGCAGGCGGAGCAGCAACAUCGCAGGACGAUAAACUGAUUGAUGUUGAUGCCGAUGUCGGGGGGCUGCCUAAACCGCAGCAUCAGUCAUCUCUGCAGAAUCUGCUCGCCGGCAGCGAUGACAAAUCCCAGCAUUUGAGUGACAUCGACAAUGAAUCUUUCAACAGCAUCGAUUUCGAUGCCGAAAUCACAAUUGCCGGCAGCAAAGAGCAACAGCAGCAGCAGCAGCAACAUCCACCGGCGGAUGAUUCGGUGGAAUCCGGCGAUGCAACAGCAAUUGGCACAUUCUUCAACAAUCUGCUGUCGCAUUCCAAUGCAGCUUCGGAGUCGGUCAGUAAGCUCUUUCGUCAAUCAAGCGGCUCUAAGUCCACGCCCUCCAAGUCCGCUUCCACUACGGCUCCCGCCGACAAAUCGGAUGCCAUCUCGGCCGCCUCGCUCACGCUCUCGCUUACCUCCUUGGCCAGCAGUAACCUGGAGCCGCCGGAGCGGCAGCCCUCUAUUGCGGAGACGCCCACGCCGGUGGAAGACUCCUGCUCGAUAACCGCCUCCCACACGGCCUCCACAGCCCUCAUGAUGGAUGCUCCGGCCGUGGAAGUGGCAGCCUCUAAGCCCGAAACACCGCAGCUGCGUGGCACGCCCAACGCUAAUCCCUUUCUAGUGGAGAACUCGCCGCUCCGGCAGACAGUUGUCGGUCGUGCCCUGAUCACCGUGAAAAUUGGCAGCAUCCUGGAGCAGUCGUUGGUCUACUAUACGGCUCGCUUGGUGGCAGCUCGAUUUCUGCUCAGUGGACAAGCGGCGGGAUUGCAGCCCGAUAGCAUCAGCAGAGUUUCUAUCAAGAGCCUCUCCUUGGGCGUGAUUGCUCAAUGUGUGCGUUUGUCUCCGAGGAUUCUUCAACUCAGCCUGGAGAUUAGCGAGCAGGAACUGCAGCUGCUGGAGGAGGCCACCUCUCAGACAGGAAGUGGUGAUAGCACUCAAGUUUCGAGUCCACAGAGCAGCGACAAUUCCCAGGUGGGCGGAGAGAAGCCACCGCUGGAUAGUAGUCUCGUUCCGACUAGCUUGGAAGAGAACCUGCUUCUGCUUGACAUUAAGGAUGAUCAUUUCGGGCCGAGCACAUGUCCAGCAUACUUGCAGCCAGCGACACCCACCCUAAGCCGCAGUGCAGACGCUUCAGUUCUCCUACUUGAUGGCGGCACUACUUCAUCGCCGUUUGCCAAGAAAUCGGAAGAGAAGCUCUCAAAGUCCGAGAUCAUUGGAAGUUCGUAUAGGCCAACAGUGGCAGUUGAGGAUGUGCCUCCAUUGAGCAUGCCUCCACGUCCACCCAAGCGCACAAAGUCAACGCGCAGUCGAGUAGGAGUUCUUGGAGCCUCCUCUUUAACUGAGAAUUCUCCACCUCAAGACCGUCAGAAGCUUUCGGAUAUCCUGCUCUUCCAUGACCACUGCGAUCCCAUCUUGCGGGGUGGCGUCCAGCAGGUUGUGGGUAACUUCCUGCAAUCUAGUGGGGCUGGACUGUUUCUGGAUCUGCAACGUGGUCUUGGCAUGCAACACUUGUUGGCCAUUUUGCUGAAGGGCUUUGAGGACGAGAUCCACACAGUGGUUAUACAAGCGUUGAAUGCAUUCGAUAAGAUAUUUCCGCAUGUGGUGUCCAAAUAUUUGACAGAGCCGCCAUGUCAUUAUCAUGCUCAUCAGCAGCAGCAGCAGCAGAAGGAGCAGCAACAGCAGCAGGAGCAGGACAACCAGAAGCUGGAGCAGGACCUGCAACGACAUUCAAGUGGACAACAAAAGCGUUCGGGCCAGGCGCAAACAUUUGGCCAACAAACUUUUGCGAAGGACCAGGAUAAUGCCUUAAGCAGUCAACGGCAGCAACAAAGGCGUCCUAACGAUGCCGGGACAUGUGCCAACUCCUCGGCCACUGAUAAUGAUGAGCUACUGGCUGCUCUUUUGAAUGAUUUCCAAUUGCAAUCGACUGGCAUGCGGCAGCAGCCAAAGAAUAAUAGCACCGGCACCGGGCAGUCGGGUAAUGAGCCCGAUCUCGAACCCAAUCCCAAUCCCGCAGUGGAGCCUUUCUGUGUGUUUGCCAUCUCACCGAAAUUGCUCUUGAGCAAACUCCGGCUCUGCCAUCACAAUAAAUAUUGGCUGGUCCAGAAUAAAUACGCCGAAGUUAUUUCGAAUUUAAAUUACGUGCUGCUGCGGUCGUACUACGCAAAUUUUCGUUGUGCCAUCGACAACAAAAACAGCGGCGCCAGGAAGCAGGACUCCAAGUGGCCACCGAUGGAUGCCAGCAGUGUCUGCCACUCUGGACGGGAUGCGGAGGGCGAGGACAUUGUCUGCACUUAUGAGGCGCAGUUUCUGGCUGAACUUUUGCAUCUGCUCGGCGACGAUGAUGCGCGGGUGCGGGAACACGCCGCCUGCUGUCUUUGCCGCUUUAUAAUGCAAACGGCGCGCCAGGACCCAGCGCAGGGCCAAGGAGCAGGAGGCGGUGGAGACGUUAUCGAAGGCAAUGGCAACGUCAACGUGGAAACUCAGCAAACUAAUUUCAAUUUGCUGUGGGAUUUUUUCGACUAUCGCAUAUUUGGCAGCAUGUCCGUGACGUUGCGUAAUUUAUUCCGGGCCAGUUCGACGAUUGUGCCGCCUCUGGCUGAGCUGGAUGCAUUGGCCACCUCGAAUUCAGCCCCAUCCUACCCCGACACUGGCAGCACGUCCGGCUCCUCCACAUCGACAUCUGCCUCAUACGGAGGAUCCGCAGCGGCAGUCUCCGCGGCGUCGGCCUACUUCGAGGCAAGUUACGGCAUCGGCAUCGCCGAGGGGCAUGUUUUUGCGCUGGCAUCCGCGUCCCAACGUCAAAUCGCGCAGGAGGAAAAAGUUUUGGCCAAAGUUUUGUAUCGCUUGACAAAUAAAUUGAUGACGCUGAAUGAUAAAAAUGUGCAGUUUGGCAUAAUUUACGCGCUGCGCCUCCUGCUGAGGCACUUCAAUUUCGUGGACUAUCAACAGGCCUGGCUGGAAUUCAAUUUCGUUGAAAUUUGCAUUAGCUAUGCCUACUACAACAAUGCAACAGCUGCGGACCUCGGCUGCCAGAACGAUUUGAUUGAUGUGAUGGGCAAAUUAAUGGCAGGUGCCAUGCUGAGCUCAGGUGAGCCAAACGCCGCCCACCUGGACUUUCUGCUGCGUCACAGCGUCAAGAUGCUGAACAUCUACUAUCACUUGGUCACCAAUCAGCGCCCACACACCACGGGAUCCCAGUCGGGAAGCAGCAGCUCCAAGCCGCCCAAGAGCGAGCUCUUUGCCCGCGAACAGCCAGCGGCAUCCCUUCAGGCUCUGGGUUACUUUGCCGGCGAUUACGUUUACAUGAAACUUUACAACAUUUUAAGAGGUGCUAAUGACAGCUACAAGAUAACCAUAAAUCAGGAGGCCGGCAGCUUAUUAAUUUGUCUCCUGAAAACCUGCCUCCACGCAGUGAGCCUCUGCCUGGAGGGCAUGGCGAGUGCUUCGCCCCCGGAGCUGAAAUUAAUCGAAGAAAUACUCCACUAUUUGACCAGGCUCAUAAAUUAUGCGCCCGCCGAGUGCGUUGCAUGUCUGCGGCAACUGUUGAAAUAUUUAUUCGCCCAAAAUUAUGCCAGCCAAGUGCGGCUGCAGCCAUCGGCCAUCGGUGAAAAUGGCAGUGGAAUUGGCCACCAUGCCGCCUUCAUGCGUCCCUACUUCGCGGCCAAGGGCAGGGGUCACGGCGCCAGCUCCACAUUGUUGCCAACAAUAAAUUCAAAACCAGCGGUGGCGGGAUCCCAGCGAGGGGCACCAACCGACGCUCGCCAGCCAAUUGAUGCCGGCCCACUCCAGGACAUGGGCAUGCUCUUUGUGCACGGCCUGCAGCCACCCUCUCCGCCGGCGGGCGACUCUGUCCGGCUUAUAAAGCUAUUCGAGCCGCUGGUCAUAUACUGUCUGACGCUCUUCAUGAAAUCCAAUGCGCUGGUACAGGCGCCCAUUUUGCGAUUACUUUCCCAACUGCUGGACUUGAAUGUGACCUACAGCAUACUGGACUCCAAGAACGUAAUAUUCGAUCAGGUACUGAGCAAUAUGGAUCUGAUUGAAGGGGGAAUAGAUAGAAACGCCUUCAUCAUGGUGCCGCCCAUGCUGAGAUUCCUGGUGCAACUUACGCACAAGAGCGACCGGCAGCUGAUCACGAUACCCAAGAUCAUCAGCAUCACCAACAAUCUGCUGGCCAACGGAUCGGUGCGCGAGGUGGCUCUGCUGGCCCUGAAGACCCUCAGCUACGAGCUGUUUUUCAUGCACAGCCAGCUGGAGGAGGCGCUGGACACCGAGGGCCAUAACUCAGGGCGAGCCGCGUGCCAGAGUCCUUUGAGUGCAGCCCCCACACCGGAAACCAGAGAGGCCUUGCUGGCGCAGCGACGCGAACUGGACACCCAACGGGAAGUGGUGCUGGGCAUGCUGGAGAAGUUCAUCGAAGCACGGCCGAGUCAACAGGUCCUCGCCCUACUCCUGCUGUUCGAGCGGAGUGUGCAGCAACUGGACACGCCACCGUAUCGCAGUGCCCAGGAUGCGGACGCCGUGUACGGGACGCUUUGUCGAGGGCUGUGCUCCCGCCAAUGGCGUCUCUACAACGCCGGUGAUCUGCGGCUCCUGGAGAGCUGUUUCCGCAAUAACGGCAACCAUGUGCUGGCCGACAGCAAGGGAUUCCUGCAGCUGCUGCAGCUUUUCAUCGAGCAGGGCGUUGGGAACUUUGGUGAUUUAGCUCUGGCCAUGGUUAUGCUGUCCAACGUAAUCCUUAAAACGGAGGAGAUUUAUCUAGUGAAUCACAUUAAACUUUAUUUGAAAAAUAAUCCAACGGCCGAGCGUCGUCUGCAGGCCCUGAUGCCCAGCUCCCCAUCGGCAGCUCCUCAUUGGCAGGACGAGGCACCAUCGACGUCUUCGGCGGCGGCAGCUGCCAGGGCGGCCGCCGCAUCCUUUUCCGCCGGCCGCUCCUCCAUCAGUGAAAUUAACUAUUUCGCCAAAGUUCUCAGCGAGAAGCUGCUCGCCUGUUUGGAGGUCCUCCUGGGCUUGGAACCGAGCUCAUCCAGCCACGCCUACUGCCAGCUGGCCGGGCGCUUCGUGGAUGCCCUGCUCAACGUCUGCUGUCGCUCACGGCACAAGGAUGCACUUCAAUCAGUUUUCCGUUUGGUUUUGGCCGAGUCUGAAUUUCUCUGCAAAUACUAUAGCCUGCUGUUGAUGAGUGCCGCAGGCCAGGGCGGAUCCCACUCACUGGAUGCCGUGUUGCUGGCCUGCCUGAGGUUGGUGCUCGCCAUGCGGCUGGAGGAGCCGGUGGCCCUUUUGGAACAGGCCGCCCAGCUGCCGCUAAAGAAAAACUUGCAGCGGGCGUUGCUACGCGAAGUUUGUCGUGCAAAUGCGGGCUGCGAUUGGAGUGCGCAACAAGUGCGCCGGCUGUUCGAAGGCAGGUAUCUGAAUUUCCUAAUUGCUGACCACUUGGAAUUCAUUUGCGAGCUAUGCCAAGAGCGUCCCGAGUGCGGCUCAUUACUGCAGGUGGCCUUGUUCCGGAAUGCCCAUCGAUUGAGCAGGCAAUCCGUUCGCAUCGUCCUUCGGCUAUUGGGACGUCUUUGUGAGCCCGCUGAACGGGAAGCCUCCGGAGACGUUGGCAGCGAUGCGGAUCCCACCCUGCAGGCCCUGCAACUCCUGAGUCGCCUGCACCAGCUUUACGAAGGAGAACGCUCGCUGCAGUUGCCCAUCGAGCGGAUGGCCCGGCGGCUGAGCGCCCAGAGUGGCCAGCCCGCCAGGAACGUCAUCUACGAGCGUCUGGUGGAGGGAGACCUGGCCGGCGGAGAGGACCAGGACGCCCUGCGAACCCUGCUACUGAAGGACUUGGAGUGCCGCCAGGACAAUGAGACUGCAACGCCGUCGCGCAUAAUUGAUGAGAGCUGGCUCUUUGCGCAGCUAAUCAAAUUCGCCACCCAGCAUGCCGAUGCCCCGCAGCAGCAGAAGCAACUAAUGCUGCUGCUCCUGGAGAUCCAGUCGGAGCCGAAGCUGCAACGCCUGCUCAGAAGUCUGGGCACCGAGCAGGAGGCGAAACUACUGCGCCACGCCAUCGCCGGUUCCCUGGCGGCCAUGAUGUCCGCCUUCCGACAGAAGUGCAUCCAGCAUGCACCGCACAUCAACUACAUGCAACCACCGCCACUGGCGCGCGUAUCCUGCGCCCUGCUCAUGUCAAAGGUGGCUUCCACAGAGGCCAGAAAAUGCCGAAACCCACCCACCGGGGAGCAACUGGAUGUGGCGCGGGCGGUGGGCGCCCUGAUGGCCUGCAUUCGGAAUGCGGAGCAAACAGCACUCAUCUACAUCGAUGCCCGGCUGAUGGAGAAGUUCGUGGUCGAGCACCUGCUGCGCCGCGAGCAUCUGCCGCAAUUGCUGGCCUACCUCGACUGGCUGGCCGGAGCGGCAAAACAGAUUUUGGCCAUGCCAACACGACAGGAGUCGGAACAAGACGCUCUGGGCGUGCUGCUGGCCACCGUGAAUGCACUUUUGCAGCAGCCCCGCGUCUGGCGGGAGCUUAAUGCCAGUUCGGAUCCCUCACUGCGAUGCGAACUGCUCGACCUGCUGGACUCAGUGGCUCGGUGCAUUCUGCAGGACACCAUUUUCUAUCGAAGGCACCGCCGGGAUAGAAACAAGGCCAAGGGACCGGCACCCCAAGCGAUUUUCCUGGCCAAAUUGAUUGAAACCCAAAUUGAAAUCGAGUCCCUGGACAGUGGCAGGGUCUUGGCAGGCGUCGAGGACGCCCGACUGCAGUUCGCAGGUCAGGAGCUGGCCCGAUUCCAAGUGGCAUUGUCGCUGGUCGCCUCUAUCGGCAUCUCGCUGCUGCGAACGCAUCAGUUUUAUGCCUACGCGGUCACACCCCACGAGCUCAUCCAGCAGCCAGGCGUCCAGCAGCAGCAGGAGCAACAGGCAGAUGGCAAGCUACCCUCCAUUCCUGUGGACAGCCUGAGCGAUGUCGAUGUCCUGCGUCAAUUUGUCAAGAGGCUCUCCAUCUUCGGAUUCACCACCCGGCAGCAGUUCGAGGAGUACUUCAUGACCUGCCUGCUGCUGAUCAACAAGCUGUACGACGAACACAUGGUCGAUCAGCAGGAGCAGUUCCAGAUCAAGCAGGUCUGCCUCCAGGCCAUCCUCGAACUUUUAAUGACGUACAAAACUUUUCCCAUUGUGGGCCUGGCCAACGGACAGUUCCAUCACACAACUCGCUGGCAGCGCAUCACUUGUGACAGCAUUAGCCUGAAGAAACUGCACAAGGUGCAGUUGCUGGUGGAUGCGUGCAAUGUCUUCUAUCAGCCCAAUCUGGAGCGGCAGCUGGCCUACGACAAUGUGAUUGGCACACGCACCUUUGCGCCCAAUCAGUACGAUCUCAAUUUCAGCUGGGCGCAAAUGGAGGACCAGGCGGCGGCGGGAGUGGGUGUGGGAGUGGGCCUAUCUGGCGGGGAGCAGGCAAACACGGCGGACAUUAAGCAGUCCUGCGAUGCGGAUGUGCCCGACAUGGCAAUGCGCAACUAUCGCCAUUUUACGCAGCUGUCGGGAAUUGACUUUCGCAGCAGCACGCAGCUGGUCUUUGACGUACUGCAGCAGAUGAUCGAGCUGAAUCACAUCCUGGUGCUGCCCAAUUUGGUAAAGUUUUGCGAGAUCUGCGAGAGUCGCGACCACAUCAAAUGGAUUAAGGAACGCUGCCUUAAACUGCAGGAGCAGGUGGCCAUGGACGACACCAUUUCGCAUCAGCACAUAAUCUACUUACUGUGCCGCAGCCAGGCUCUCCUGAUCCCCAGCCUGGGCGAACUGCAGGUCCUGUGCUCCUUGAUUGGCAACGUCUACUUGAAGAGCACGCACAGCUUCAUACGCAUCGCCACGUUGCAGGGGCUGCUCUGCCUGCUGGAGUGCUGCAGCAAGACCAACACGACAAUGGGACGGCUCAGUGAGGAGCUGGCAUUGUUGCGAGCCCUAAUUGUGGGCUACAUCAAUCGUCAUGGCAUCAUUGAUGAGAGCCCCCUGCCGUUCAGCGUGGAGCACACGAAGCUGGUCUGGACGCUCAAUUACAGUCUGAUCGAGUGGACAUCGAAAUUCGUGCCGCAGUGUCAUCUGUUGUCAAAUACAAUAAUUGCGGCCAACAAUUUCCUGAAGACGACCGCCGACGAGGAGCUCUAUCUGUGCGUUCUGCAUGGCCUGGAGCGCAUGGUGGUCAAUAGUGGAGUGCCGCCUCCUGGCAUUCAGCCUACUGGAAAGGACGCCGCCGCUGGAGAACCGGUUGCCGGAGCCGGAGCAGCAGGAUCCGAGGCGGGAGUUGGCGUCGUGGUCACACCGCAGAUGCGACAUAAAAUUGAAAAACUUGCACUCGAAUUGCUGAAAAUGGAAAAUGAGAAAUUUUCGAUUCCGGCAUUGAAAUUGCUUUUGUCCUGCAUGUAUGUGGGCUCGGCUGCCCAGCUGGAGAACACGGAGCUGUCGAACGGAAUUGUCCAGGAUGACCCGGAGAUAAUCGCCCAGCAAAACGAUAAAGUCGAUAUACUUUUGCAUUGUAUUAAAUCAUCGACUCGAGAUGCCGCCUGGAUUUAUGGACAAGUGCUGUGCCAAAUUAUUCGUGAUUUAGUGCCACCGAAUGAAAUAUUGACGAAGGUCAUAAAGGAGUUUCUGGCCAUAAAUCACCCGCACUGCGAUGUUAUUGCCAUGAUUGUAUAUCAGGUCUUUCGCUCCGCCAUCGACUCGUCGUACCUGCAGAUGCUCCAGGACUGGCUGAUCUGCACCCUGCCAACGUUCCUGGACCAGCCGGAGCAGCAGGGUGUCUGGGGCCUCAGCGUCAUCUUUUUAUCCGCCUCCAUAAAUCUGCAUUUGAUUAAACUAUUUCCGCUGGUGCUCGGCAUCGGAGCAUCCAACUCUGCGGCAGCAGCAACAACGGCGACAACGGCAACAACUGAGGCAGAGGCAGCAGCUCCGGCGAUGGCCCGAAAAUUAGGUCAACACGAAAUUGCAUUGUUCGUGACAGCUGCACAAGAUUUCCAUGCGAAAUUGAGUGGCGAGCAGCGGCAGCGUUUCCGCGAGGCAUUCGGCAGCUUCGAGCGGAGUCAAGUCUACGGCCGGAUGUUGCAGCGCCUGUGAUAUGAUACGCAGAUACCAUACCAUACGAUACGGUGCGAUGAUAGUCAUGGAUAGAGGUUCCCAGCCGUAGGGAAACCCAACUAUUUAUCUUGCGUUUAAUUCCCAAUCGCAGCUAAAAAUAAAAAGAAAGGAGCCGAGUUCGGCAGGCGGCUAAACUUGCAGCAAAGACAAGCGCAAGCGUGAAUAACUAAUUGCCCCAAGCUGCGGAGAAAGUUUGAGCGGAUGUCCCUCUUCCUUGCGCUUGUACUACUUCAUCAACUCGGAGGACCCUUGCAGACCCCAGCGAAUGGAAAGUUUUUUAAUAGUUGGCGAAUACAAAAUUAAUUUAUGCUUUACAUUAUGUGUAACUAAUAUUUAAAUUAUUGCAAACGAAUGUCCGCCACCACGGCCCGCACUUCCUAAUCUGGUCGAAAGUUUAACGAGGCCAGCAGCGAGCGACCCGCAAUUAAUUCCUGCGGCUUUCGACAAGGACCCAGGACACGGAAAUUAUGUUCUUGUCAGCUUUCGGCCAAAGUUGAUCAUUUAUUUAUUAUGACGCUGCUUGCUGGGCAAGAAAUAGAAACGCGGCCAAGGGACGCUAGUGGGCAUUAGUAUGCGCCUUAGCCAAUUGCCGGCUAAUUCCUAAUCAAAAUUACUUAAAAAUUCCAUUAUGCAAACGCAAGCCCCACGCUUUGUACUCCUACUGUAAUCAAAAUAAUAACCAUAUUGUUUAAUGAAAUAAAAAUUGCUAUUAAAACGA